UGUGCAAGAAGGAACGACUGUCCUCCUUCUAUAUGGUCUGACUAGGGGAGACUAAUCCUUGCCAAUCACUGAUAAGCUCAUACUAUUGAAGGUUCUAUCUAGUGUACUAGGGAUACAUGAGGUCGGCAUCCCGCCAGCUUUUGCUUGGUACAAGAUUAUGGCUUUGUGCCGGGUCAGCGCCCACAGCUGUUCGCGGCAUGCUGGGUAGCAUGCAUUUCUUCCAUCCCGGACAUAAUGGGCAGAAGACUCUGAAUAGGGCUGUCCUGCACCGCUGUCGGCCAUACUUUCGUCUAACCGAUUCGUGGGGAGGAGCACGCAUCUCAAUGCAUUGCCGCUGCCGGUUGUGUCAAUGCCUUGUUAAUCGCCGUUUGCCACCGCCCCCAGUGGUGUCAAUAUGAUACAAGAAAAGCCUCUGGCGAAAAUCUCGUUCUUCUUGCAGUCAGUCUCAUACCAUGCGAGAGAUGCAUGCUCGGCUGUGAUGAACUGCAAGACUGAGCAUGCGUUUCAGUGCUCUGAGUGGCACGAUCUGUUUAAUCUCAGAUCUU